GACACAAUGUUUACGAAAUGAAUUCUGUAAUUCCAAGAAUUUUACUUUUCAUAUAGACGUAAACGCAAUAAUUAUUACUACGAGAUUUUACUUAUUUCAACGAUCGAGUCGACAUUUAUACGGUGUAUGAGCAUGCGCAUGCGAUUGGCGAUGUCAACAAUUUAAUGCAGCGCGUGGCUUGCACCUCACUGUUCGAGGAGACGUAAAUGCAUCAACCUUAGAAUGAAUUUCUUGCAUUCUUUUAACUGCUGAUAUUGUUUUAUUAACUGUAAUCUAAAAAUAUCUAAUUUUAUCGCAAACAAAAAUAAUUCCCCGCUAGAAUAAAAAUUGAUAAAUUUCAAUCAAUGAGUGUGCAAAGUCUAACCUAAACGAACGUAACCUAAAAGAAGUUACACUACGAUUUAUUAUUAUCGUUAAAUAGGGCUAUUAAUAAAUAAAAGAUUCUUACUAAAUAAAGAAAAAUGGCUGGACAACAGCAUUCCUUCCCACCUGGGUUUCCAAAUGUUCAACAUUCUGCGAUGAGAACACAAUUUGGAGGAGGAGAAAUGGUUUCUGGUUUAAUGGGACCUCAACAAGGCGGUAUAGUAAGUCCGCAGCAAUUUGGAGUCGGAGUAGGUGUUGGCGUUGGAAUUGGAGGAGUAGGUUCUAACGCUAUGGGAAUGCAAAAUGCUCAACAAGUUUUAGCCCAACAACAUCAACAACAAUCAGUUGCCAUGCAACAACAAAUGCAACAGAUGCAACAACAGCAAAUGCAAUUGCAGCAACAACAACAAGCAGCUCUCGUACAACAAACUAAUCAGAUUAGUAAUCAGACUACUACACCGCAAACACCUGUUGCACCAACACAACUUCCACCUCAACAGCAACAAAAUAAAGAUCUCAACACUGUUAGCUUGUGUAAAUUUGGACAAGAGAUUGUACAAGAUAUUGUAAGUCGUACUUUAGAUGUCUUCCAAACGCUUAAAGUACUUCAACUACCAAAUGGUACAUCACAAGGAGCUAGUAUUGCCAACAGUAAGAAAACUAAGGUACAAGAUCAGUUAAUGACUUUAAAGAUGUUAUUUAACCGUUUAAGGCGGAUUUAUGAAAAAUGCAAUGAAAAUUGCCAACUUCAAGGUAUGGAAUAUACACACAUUGAAAGUUUAAUACCGUUAAAAGAAGAAUGGGAUAUGAAAUCAGAGGAGAGAAAGACAUCGGAAGCUUAUAAAUUAGCAUACAAAGAAAGUGAAGAAAUAAUGGAGCAAGUCAUAUCAAAAAGUAAGCACCUUAAAGAAAUAAUUGACAAAUUAAGACGUAUCAUUUCAGAAAUAAAUACUAUGUUAAAUAUGCGCCGAUCUUAGAUUACAAAAAUUAUAUACUUAUUUAAGUUGCAAUAGACUGAGAUACUAUAAGAUAAAGUAAUAAUAUCUUAAUAUAGGAAUGUAAAGAGAAAUGUAUGACUUACCUACCUCUUAGAAUAAUCUUACUAUAAGAUAAAAAACUUGUUUAUCUUUCUAACGAAAAGCCAUAAUGUUUGCAAACGAGUUCUGUGAUUCGAAAAACUUUACUUUU